AUGCAUCUAUCCUCUGUGCUAACUCUACUAGGAACAGCUACUCUUCUAGUGUUCGAAGCAUAUGCUGUCACAAAACACUCUAAAUCACCUGACACGCACCAACUAAACCCUGCCGUUAUAUCGUUUCAAAGACGAAAAGGUGAUUUGCAGCCUGUUUCGUUUUUACAAAGAUCUCCCUCCAAAAGACUAUAUCAUGAACGCCAGUUUAAUAAAGCUUCUCUUCAUAAGCGAGACUAUGCUACUACUCUCAAGUAUUUAAGAGCUGCCAUGAAUAGUUAUAGGAAGGAUUUUGUGACUCCACCACCUGUGGAGCUUAUACAGCUUGAAGAACAACUACCUCCUACUGCCGCCCCUCCCCUUCCUGUUGGUAGCGUUCCAAGCAGCCCUGUGGCUUAUGCUCCUGUUGCUGCUUCUCCCAUGGCACCACCACCACCACCAGUAGCUGCGGCUCCAGCAUUACCACCUGUCACACAAAUACCUGAACUUGACACAGAAAACCCGUCUACCCCAGCAGCAGAUGACGCUACGCCUACGGAAGCAGAAAAGGGGGCCGAAAGUUCUGAUACUAAAAUACCCGUUAUAGACUGGGAAGAAGAUGAUAUAUUUGAUCCUGAGGAGGACCCAAGUGAUGUUGGCCCACCACCUGUUGUUAACGGUAUACCUGUUGACCGAGAGGAGUAG